UGCCACUUCAUCAGCGGCUAAUGUGAGUUCAGUUGAUCGACCAUUGAGACACCGGAAUGUUACCCUUACUUCUGGGCUUGGUCAUUUUGGUUGGCAGCCUGCUGCAAAUACAUCCUGCCGAAACAGCCAAGCUGAUUCCAAACUUGGGCUAUUUUGUGGAGAUGAGGCAGAUGGAUUGCGUGGGCAAUCCCAGCUACUUUAACAACCUGCACUGCAAGAUCCUGCCACCCAAUAAUAGGACCAUGGAGGCAUCCGUCAUUAUUAUGCAAAAGUUGACCGCUUUUAGUGGUUCACUCAGGGUGUCCAUUCCCAAUGCCAAAAAGGUCAUAACCCAGAUAUUCGACAUCACCUUCGAUGUGUGCAAGGUUUUGCGUGAACGCAAGCGGAAGGUGCUUAUCGACCUUUUGGUCAACACACUGGCCAGGAACAGCAAUGCCAAGGCUUGGAAAUGUCCCUUUCCAAAGGGAAAUUUCGAAUCUAAAAACAUAUCGGUUGCCGAUUUACCACCCAUGUUGACUGAGUCGGAAUUUUACGUAAAGUUGGACUUCUUCAUACCCAAGGUGGCCAUUGCCAUGAACGUAUCUCUACAAGGGCAUCUUUACGAAAUUGCCAAGGAAAAGAACAGAAGGAAGAAAUUUUUGUAA